CAGUAGCAUGAUUUAAUGGAGGAUGAAUCAAUCAGACAACUACUCAACUACAGCGACGCGCCAGGUGGGAUUCGACGUCAGCUGCUCCGUCUCUCCUCCUGCUGCUUCAUCAUUCCUUCCUACAGCCACAAGGAUCCGAUCGUAAGUAGGAAUUUGAUCCCUGGAUCCGAUUUAUCGGUCACUCACCGUCUCCACAAACUCUCGGUUUCCAUUUCCACCCAAAUUCGAUCUCUCUUUUCUCGCAAACAGAUGGAAGCGUCGUCCGUGGAUUCACAGGCCGACUCGAGUCUGCUCAAGGAAUUCUACAUCCCUACGUAUGUACUCGUCCCCGAAUCGGAGGCCGUCAAUGUUCCCGACGUGCCGCAGUGUCCGGUUUUGGUGUUCAUCAACUCCAAGAGUGGCGGCCAGCUUGGCGGGGAUCUUCUCGUAACCUAUCGAUCCGUUCUCAAUGACAGUCAGGUUUUCGAUUUGGGGGUAGAGACCCCUGAUAAAGUGCUGCGGAGGAUAUAUAUGAAUAUUGAGAGGCUCAAGUCUGGAGGUGACGAGUUUGCUGCUAAGAUUCAGGAGAAAUUGAAAAUAAUUGUUGCAGGUGGUGAUGGAACUGCUGGCUGGCUUCUUGGAGUUGUCUGUGAUCUCAAGUUCCCUCAUCCUCCUCCCAUUGCAACUGUGCCUUUGGGAACUGGGAACAACCUUCCUUUCGCUUUCGGUUGGGGGAAAAAGAAUCCCGGGACAGAUCGUCAAUCUGUAAUAUCCUUUCUGAAGGAAGUAAUGAAAGCAAAAGAAAUGAAAAUAGACAACUGGCACAUUCUGAUGAGAAUGAAGACCCCCAAAGACGGUUCUUGUGACCCUAUUGCACCUCUCGAGCUACCACAUUCUCUACAUGCAGUUCACCGUGUCUCUUCUUCAGACGAAUUCAACAUGGAAGGAUAUACCACAUUUCGUGGAGGGUUCUGGAAUUACUUUAGCUUGGGCAUGGAUGCUCAAGUAUCUUAUGCAUUUCAUUCUGAGAGGAAAUUGCAUCCUGAAAAAUUUAAGAACCAGCUGAGCAAUCAGAGUACCUAUGCCAAGCUUGGUUGCACACAAGGGUGGUUUUGCGCUUCUGUUUUUCAAUCCGACUCAAGAAUAGCUAGCCUGGCAAAGGUGAAGGUCAUGAAAAGACUAGGGCAUUGGGAAGAUCUAACCAUAUCGAAUGGGCAAGAUUUCUGCUUCUCUUGUAACAGAUUUCCUUCUGAUUAAGAAGAACACAUAUCAUUGACUUCAUAUCCCUUUUUUCUGGUCCACAGGAUACGGUCAAUAGUGUGCCUCAACUUGCCCAGCUUUUCUGGCGGGCUAAACCCUUGGGGAACACCAAGUACUUGGAAACGCCGUGAUAGAGACUUAACUGCACCCUUUGUGGAUGAUGGGCGUAUCGAGGUUGUGGGUUUUAGAGACGCAUGGCAUGGACUCGUCCUUCUUGCACCUAAAGGACACGGGACUCGCCUCGCACAGGCACAUAGAAUCCGGUUCGAGUUCCACAAAGGCGCAGCAGAUCACACGUUCAUGAGGAUCGAUGGGGAGCCCUGGAAGCAACCCUUGCCAGUGGAUGACGACACCGUUGUAGUGGAGAUCUCACACCUAGGUCAGGUGAAUAUACUUGCCACGAAUGACUGCCGAUCUAGGAGUAUGAGCGAUCCAUCGACACCGAGUCACCAUGCUCAUGAUGAAGAGGACCGCGAUAGCGAUGAGGAGGAUUCAGUACAGGGGGAAGAAUUCAGGAAGUUUGGUGCUGCUGAUACGUUCAAGAUGCCAGAUGAGUUUGACAUUUCCCAUCUUAGUUAAACGUUCUUUCCCCCCUUAUUUUUAUUUUUGCCUUCCAUGUUCUAUCUCUAGGUUGAUUUGGCACGGACUAAACGUAGGCUUUUGUAACUUGUGAUUUGGAGUGGUAAUUGGGUGGGUGCUGGAAAAUUCCCUGACCUAUUUGGCUCAGGCGCAAAGCCAGAUCAGGUGUGGGUUGCACAUAGAGUCACGCACCAUUCACUCACGUUUUUUUUAACACAUUGGGUCGGGUUGUUUGAUCGAUUAAUGGGAUGGGCGUCAUGUUUUAUGUGGGUCAUUUUUUCACAUGAAAAAAGGUGUGAGUUUAGAAGUUGCAAUCUAUCUACUCGAUUCGUCAAUCAAAAAUUGCCAAUGUCUACAUCAAAACAAAACAAUGCAUUAAUACUAUUUCAUGUUGUUGAUAUCAGUAACAUAAGCCCAUAUUAAUAUUCUUGGAUGGAGCAACUAAUAUUUGUCUUGCAAUGAAAGAUGUACUAGCAUGACAAUGCAUCCCACUUGUUUGGUAAUUUGACAUAAACGUCAUGAUUCAUAUCAAUAUUGUGUCAUAUCCAAAUGACCCAUAUGCAUUUUCAUUUUUCA